AUGUAUCAUUAUUAUCUGGUAAUGUUAUCAUUAUCAGUUCAACUUCAAAUUAUUGGAGGGACACAAAGGUGUGAAACUAUUACCAUACCUCUUUGUAAAGGCAUUGGCUACAAUAUGACUAGGUAUCCAAACAGUUAUGGCCACGAAAAACAAGAAGAAGCUGGCCUUGAAGUCCAUCAAUUUUACCCUCUUGUGGAGGUCGGUUGUUAUAAACAUCUUAAAUUCUUUCUUUGUGCAAUGUAUACACCGAUAUGCCAAGAUAAUUACGAAAAAAUGGUGAUGCCUUGCAUGGAAGUUUGUCUGGAAGCAAAGAAGCGCUGUAGUCCACUGAUGCAGCAAUACGGUUUCAAAUGGCCUAUAACGUUAAGCUGUGAGCAGUUGCCAAGGAUAAGCGAGCAGCAGACGACAGGAAAUAUUUGUGCCGCUCCACCGGAUACUCCCGAUCCAAGUAUUUUGGAUCCCACCGAUUCUGGAAUUACUUCUUCCAUACGAAAUCGUCAUCCAAAUUAUCCCAUCAUUGGUAUCAAUACAAUUGAGGGUGAAUGUAAAUGCCGAUGCAGUAGACCAUUCUUCAAUGUUUUGGGCAGUCCAGCGAGUGUUGCCAAUGUUUCCGGAUGUCUAUAUCCAUGUCAUAGUCCGGAACAGAGUCUCAAGGAUCAAAAAUUUCUAACGGCUUGGAUUACUACAUGGUCUGGAACCUGCUUUAUACUAUCAGCGUUCACUGUACUAACAUUUUUGAUAGAAACGGAACGCUUCCAGUAUCCAGAACGGCCGAUAUUUUUGUUAGCUUUCUGCCAAUUGAUGGUAUCAAUAGGAUUUAUCAUUCGUAUCAUCUAUGGACAUGAACAUAUUGCAUGUGAUACGACGACAAUAAAAGCUAAUGAUCAGCAGAUGAAUCUUUGUCAGCUGAUUUUCCUUCUAAUCUACUUCUUCGGAAUGGCUGGAUCGGUCUGGUGGGUUAUUCUUUCCUUAACGUGGGUCCUAGCAGCAGCUAGCAAAUGGUCAAGUGAAGCGAUUGCGAGCUACGCAAAUUAUUUCCAUUUCGUUGCCUGGUCCCUACCUGCUACUCAAACGAUCGCGGUACUAAUUUUCGGUGCUGUAGAUGGUGAUCCAUUAAGUGGAAUUUGUUAUGUUGGCAAUACCAACGUCGAUUAUCUCAAAACUUUCGUUUUUGUUCCACUAACAAUAUAUCUUAUCAUCGGUGUGUGCUUCUUGGUUGUCGGCUUCUUUAAUCUAUGGCGGAUACGUUCCCUAAUGCAGAAACACCAUCCGGGUGGUGACAAUACGUCGAAAAUGACGCAGCUUAUGUCUAAAAUUGGUAUUUUCUCGGUGCUCUACAUAGUACCAGCUAUAUUUGUCCUGAUGGUACUAUCCUAUGAGCAACAUUACCGCCCGUUGUGGGAACGAUCCCAACUAUGUAAUUGCGCAGAGCAAUUCGACCAACAAGCGGACACAUUUACAUUAUUAGCAUUGAUAAAAAGUGCAUCGAUGCUUGUUAUUGGUUGGACUUCGGGUGUUUGGAUCAUUUCGAGAAAAACAAUUCAGAGUUGGAAACGUGUACUGUGUUGUCUGCAUAGAUCGAAAAUUUCAAAGCACAAAUAUCAGGCAGCAGAUAUAAUUUAUGCUCGCAGUGAUUGUAUAACACCACAUAUGUAUAACAAAGCAGUACGGCACUAUCAGGGCUACAGUACACCCAUUUUACCGGAAAAGGUUUAA